AUGAUAUCCACAUUAUUUGUUACAGUUAGUAUUGUAAAGAAUUCAGAUUAAAUUGCUAUAAAUAUUUUACGAGAGGAAUCCAUCAAUCUCAUUCAAGGUAUAUUCAAAAAAUUAAUAUUUUUGUAGUAUUCAUUGAAAAUCAAAAUAUAGAAUGUGAUAAUUAAAUUGAUAAUCUUAUUACACAAUUAAAGAGUGUUAAUAAUAAAAUGGAAUCAGAAAUAAAAAUUCAUUAUAAAAGGAAAGAUUAGAAUAUUUGAAUUCUUAGAAAAUCAAUGAUUUCUUAAAUUCAAUCAUAUAAUUAACUGAAUACUUAGAAUAAAUUAUAACUAAUAUUUCAGAAUAUAUUAAGAAAUUAAAUAAUUCAUUUAAUUAUUUCUAUUAAUAAUAAUAAUAAUAUAUUAUUUAAUAUAAGCAUUUAUUCAAAUAUAAAUUAAUAAGAUAAGAUUAUUGUAUCAAAAGUUUUCUGUAAUAAAGGUAAUUAUUAUAAUAUCAUCGCUUAAUUCAGAUAUGUUCUAAAUUAUAAAUUAUAUAUUUGGAUGGUAAAUAGGAAUAGGGUAUAGAAAUAAUUGAUAAACCAAUAUAAUCGGAUCUUAAAAAUCAUUUAUUCUUAUGGUAUAAAGGUAAAAUAAAGAAUAUCAAUAGGCGAUAAUUUAUGAAUUUAUGAAUAAUAAUUGUAUAUAUAAAACGAUUAAAUUAGUUUGCGGAUACAAUCACUAUUUUAGACAAAACAUUAGUUAUUCAACCUAAUCAUGUCUAUUCCUUAUGCUGGAAAGGUAGAUUAAAAAUAUGUAAAUUAAAGGCAUUUGUUUUUGA